AUGCCACAUUCAAGUUCAUCUGUGGUAUCAGAAGAACUAUCCGUGCAUGAGAUACUGCAUCAACCAGUUUUUUCGUCGUCUUCAGAAGAACCGCCUACAGAAGAAUGGUCGUCCCUGGUAGCCCUCUCUAUUGAAGAUGCACCAAAAAUGGCACUAUACAAGCAUGGUCUUUAUAACCCCGGGAGUGGAGAAAUUUGCGCGAAAUACAUACCAAUGUCGGCCAGCUCAAUUCUGAUUCAUCCUUACUACAAUUACCCUGGAAUAAAGGAUCCUGGAGUAUUGCAGGCUUUACUAGACCCAGAAGAACAUAAGCAAUACCUUACGGAUGGCCAAGAAUUAUAUUUAGACGAGUGUGAGAAAAUGAAGGUCAUCCCCGUGAGACCUUUUUGGCGUGGAUUGCUGCAACGAACUAUUGAUUUAAAAUAUUACGGUGUGAAUCCAAUCGGUGUUCAGGCGAUGUGCAAGGCAUUGUCUUACAAUAAUAACGUGGUUCGCUUAGAUUUGACAUCAAAUUUUCUGGACAAUGAUGCAUGUUACCACCUCGGUCAGUUACUGGGUGAGAAUACUGUCCUCCAGGAACUCAUAUUAUCUGGAUGCAGGAUACAAUGUAGGGGUGUAAGAAGAAUAGUUGUCAAGCUUUACGGUCGCAGUUUAGAUUUGCUGGAUUUAUCUCGAAAUCAACUUGGGGACAAAGGAUUUGAAUACGUUGCUGAGCAAUUGCUUAGAGGAGCUGUAAUUAAAAGAUUAAAUUUGAGCUUUAAUGAAUUAGGAAUGGACUCCGCGUUAUCAUUCGCAAGAGCCAUUGAAGGGAACAAUACAAUUAGCCAUCUCGAUUUAUCCUGGAAUCAAUUAUCCACUAUGAAAGGUACCACUGAACUAAUAGAAAAACUAGGCGGAAAUAAAUUUCUCGUUGAACUUAAUGUCUCGUGGAAUGCUCUCAAAAUCGCGAAACCCUUACGAAAACUCCUAUCCGCACCUUCUCUAAGGGUGCUUGAUCUCAGUAAUAAUAAACUGCCACGAACAGCUCCUAGGCUAUUAGGACUGGGGCUUGUUAAAGCCAGAAGGCUUGACACUCUCGAUCUAUCAAAUAACCCCUUUACACCAGACGAUGCGCUAUACCUUUUGAGGGCACUAGAAAAGAAAAAAGUUCGAUUAAACAAUCUAAUUAUGGACAAUAUUGCUGUGACCAGAGAGUUUUUGGAGGAACGUAAGAGAAUUUUAAAACACAGUUACCGCAAAAAUACCAAUGUCACAUACGGGAAUGUUUUGUACAACUAUUCCCUAUCAACUGCCGAUAUGAGACUCAUAAUUAUGAAAAGACUGGACUUCAUCACGAAGAGACCAGGAAAGAAGACCCAAAUGGAUAUUGCACUGUACUUUCUUGAGAAACGAAAGACAUUAGAAUUAAUGCAGCCACGUGAAAUACUACGUGACUUAAAAGCAGCAGGUAUUACUGUUGAUGAGAACCUGGUGAACCAUUUGGCGGAGAGCUUUCCUGGACCCAUGAGCGAUAAAGGAACAAGCACCAUUAAAUUGGAUCGUGUAGUUGACAUGAUUCAAAGACUUUGGCCGGAAAGAAAAUUACCUCCUACUCCACCCCCUGAACCAGAGAUAGAAGUCGAAAAGAAAAAGGGGAAAAAAGGGAAAAAGAAGAAUUAA